AUGGUUGCCAUCAAGCCCGUCUUUGCCUUGAGCCUUCUGGCUAGGCUCAUAGCCCCCGCGCUCUCAGCGGCAGUCAGGAUCAACGCCCUUGGUGACAGCAUUACUGGAUCACCUGGCUGCUGGAGAGCACUUCUCUACCAAAAGCUAGUGCAGGCUGGCGUCACCGACAUUGAGAAGCCAUUGAAGAUUGAAGGAAGUUGUUGA